CCUUGACGGGAAAAGUAAAAUUUCUCGGAUUCAGGAAGGUUUUUUCAUUCAACUGUGAUUUUAUCUUCUGGUGAUAUUUGGAGGUAAAAAUGGAUAUUGCAUUCCCAUACCAAAAGGAACGCCGGGAGUUUGGUCGCCAAUGUUUGUUUUCGGAUAGGAACAAGGUUGAGUUUUCCGAACCAGCCAAUCAUGAUUUGUUCAAGGACUUUAUCCUCCGGGAUCCUGUCCAUUUGGGAACACAAUACAGCUAUCAGAUGGCACUCAGUGAGGUCAAUACGAUAAGCGCCGAUCAUGAAAACCGCGGUAUAUUGCACUCGGAGGGCGGUUGGCCUAAAGAUGUUAAUUACCUAGACCCGGAGCAGACGGUUCGAUACCGCAGAAAGAUUGAAAAGGAUGAGAACUAUGUGAGUCAACUGACAACAAUAAUGAAACCAAUGGAGAACUGCAUCGAUCAGAAUAACGCCGUGAACAUUUACGAAAAUUACUUUGACGGGUUGGAACAGGCGCCAUUGAUGGAAAAAAGCAAUUCUAGGACAUUAAAUGUUUACCGAGAUCCUUCGAUCUACAAACAACCUGUUUCCCAUUUAUCUUGGUCACCUGAUGGAGGGUCAAAGCUAGCCAUAUCCCAUUGCAAUAUGAGUUUUCAGGAAACGAGUGGGAAAGCGGUGUGUUCGUAUAUAUGGGAGGUCGAAAACCCGAAUGUUCCACUGAUGAGGUUCACUCCUCAGAGCUCUAUGGUCUGUUUGGAAUAUAAUCAGAAAGAUCCAACCACGUUAGUAAGUGGAAUGUAUAACGGGCAGGUCGCCGCUUGGGACACAAGAAACGAAAAAGGACCGGUGAUGAUUAGUGAACGUGAGACUUCCCAUCGAUCUACGGUUAACUCGGCUUUAUGGAUCAACUCCAAAAGUGGAACUGAAUUCUUUUCCGGCUCAUCUGAUGGCCAAGUCAUGUGGUGGGACACACGGAAAUUAUCCCAGCCAACCGACACUCUCUUGAUGGAUCCUAUCAAAUCUGAUGAACAGGACCUGUCCCGUUCAUAUGGAGUUAGUUGUUUAGAAUAUGAAACCUCAAUUCCAACCAGAUUCAUGUGUGGAACCGAGCAAGGGAUGCUGUUCUCUUGUAAUCGAAAGGGUAAAUCUCCACAGGAGAAGAUAGUCUAUCGGCUUCCGUGUCACACCGGGCCAAUCUACUCGUUAACACGUAAUCCGGCAUUUGUUAAAAACUUUCUCACGAUCGGGGAUUGGAUAGCUCGCAUUUGGUCUGAGGAUUGUCGCGAGAGUUCCAUUAUUUGGACGAAACACCAUUCUGUUAUGUUAACGGAUGGUGUAUGGAAUCCAAUGCGGUAUUGCAUUUUUUACGUAAGUCGGGCCGAUGGAGUUCUAGAUGCCUGGGAUUUACUUCAGCAGCAGUGUGAACCCAUACUAAGCAUCAAAGUGUGUGACGAAAGUUUGAAGUGUUUACGCGCCCAUGAAGCGGGAUAUUUGGUCGGUGCUGGAAGCAUCAAAGGUGCUACGUUUUUGCUGGAAAUGUCUGACAACAUGACUACGAUCAAGAAUGACAAACCUUUGAUGACGGCGAUGAUGGAGAGGGAAAAUCGUCGAGAGAAGAUUCUUGAAGCUAAAUCACGGGAAAUGAAACUGAAGGUGCGCACUCUAAAUCGUCAGGAGGACGUUGUUGAGGAGAAACCUAAGCUAUUUCAAUGUAAAUCCGCAUGUGAAGCUGCCGAACAGGAAUAUCUUCAAACGUUGGAGAAAGAACGUAAAGCGCGCCAACCCGAGGAGUUCGAUGAAGAUUAUGACCCAAGAAAAAUUGAACAACAGUUGACAGACGAGCAACUAUUCGAUGAAGAGCUCAACGGAUAAACUAUUGUAAUAAACGGGAAAAAUGUUUGUUUGAGCGUGCUGAAAAGCAAUGAACACCUUUAUCGACUUAUAUUUAUUGGCUGCAAAAAUGU